AUGAAAGAUUCUCGGCAGGUUCACAAGCUCUGCCAGUCCUCGGCGAACCAGAUCCUCAAGGAAUUCCACCCUAACCUUAUGAUCGCCAUCGGCGGUGGUGGUUAUGUCCCUGCCCGCAUCCUUCGUUCCUUCCUCAAGCAGCCCGGUGACCCCAACAUUCCCAUCCAGGCCAUCGGUCUUUCUCUCUACGAGGACUUGGGCCGCGGAGACGCCGAGGAGGUCCCCGGUACCAAGGUCACCCGCACGCAAUGGCUGGACCUGAGCUCUUUGGAGAUGGCCAACUUGAUCGGCAAGAACAUUCUUAUCGUCGAUGAGGUCGAUGAUACCCGCACAACCCUGGAGUAUGCAGUCCGCGAGCUCGAGAAGGAUGUUGAGCUCGCUCAGAAGCAGCUUGGUCGCGAGGGCGAGAAGACCAACUUCUUCGUCUUUGUUUUGCACAACAAGGACAAGGCUAAGAAGGGUGUCCUGCCCGUCGAUAUGAUGGAGGGCGGCCGCUACCACGCCUCGGUCACCACCGAGGAUGUCUGGAUCUGCUACCCUUGGGAGGCCAAGGACAUCGACGAGCACGAUGCUCUGGCCAAGGAGAACCCCCUUAUCUAG